UUUGGUUCAAAAUUAGACAACUAGAGGUUAUAAAAAACAAGUGGAAACCUUAGUGUCACCUAACAAAAUUUAUGGAAACUCGUCGGAAUAUUACUACAAACACUGUCGGAUUCUGUUUACUUCCGUCGGAAUUGAUACAAUAUAUCAUCGCAAACCUUGUGUUGCCCGAUAUUUUCGUGCUGAGAACGGUCAACAAGUUUAUCACCUCGGUGAUAUCUGAUCGAGAUUUUGUUCGAGAUUAUAAUAUUCGAUCGAGCUCGGCGACUUGGCUGUUUGUUUACAAGAAGCGGUGGCAUCGCGACGCGAUGCUCCAUGGAUUUACUGAUUGUUCGAAUCGAUGGUUUGGAAUUUUGAUAGCGGAUGUUUUGAGAUCAGUGGUUCCUCCUGGAGAGGAUCUUUAUUUUUUAACUGCGGCAGGUAAUUAUUUUCUGUUUGCUUUGAAUACGAGUCAACAGGUUAUUUCGGUUAAUCCUAUGACCAAGACGGUUAAGAAGAUUCCUCCGAGUCCGUUAGGCCGACGUGGCACGUCCUCGUGGAGAAGGUCCGGGAUCAAGCUGCUGUCAGGGUCUGACAGUUUUCGGUUUUUAUUCGCGGAAUUGUACGAAGAUUACCCGACUCUAUUCGUUUACAGCUCGGACACGGAUAAGUGGCGGUCCAUCAGGGCGGGAGAAAGAGAAACUGAUAAUGAAAUUCCACGUGGAAAUAUUAAAACCGAAAGUGAUUUUAUUUACUUAAGUGUAGUGAACGGACAAAGCGAGAGCAUUUUAAUCGCGGUUGGAGUGGAGGAUUUUGACAGGCCUGUUGUCGUGAGGCCGCGAUUUGACGGGGGAGGAAUCGAGCGAUUCGCGGUGGGAUUUUCGUCGGGGCAUACGAGCGAUCGGUUCCACGUGUACGGUGACGGGAACAUGAUGAUAGUGAGAUCAGAUAGUUCGAACGGGGACACAGACAGGAGGGUGAGAAUGUUGAAAGGUGUGGAGCUGUGGGGCAUGAGCCAAAGUGGGAGGCAAUGGGAGUUGGUUUCAAGAGUCCCGGAAGGACUAAUUGAAGAAAUAAAAAAGCCUUAUGGGGUUAUGAUGGGUUGUGUGAUGCUGAAAAAUGGGACAUUCAGGGCUGUUUUGAUGUCAAAUUAUGAAGGGGUGUGGGACAUAAUCUGGCUAUGUUAUGACACUGAGGAGAAGAUUUGGAGUUGGGUUCCACUGCCUGAUUGCAAGAUGAAAAAUUCUAAUAUGGCUGGAAUUACUUUUUCUUCUGGCCUCACUCUGGCCUAGCUAGACCACUUGUAAUUAACCUCCUUUUGUUGUGUCAUUUCUGUGUGUUUUGCUACGGCCUACAGGUUUUGACUUUUGAUAGUGGUAAUUUGGUAUAUGCUAGGCCUACCUAUGUUUUAGAGUCUAAUCAAGGAAAGCCUCUUAGGAUUAGGGUACAUGUCACGGCAGUUCUCACUGGCAUGCCUAUAGGCAUGUAUUUUACAAAAAGGCAUGCCCAAAUGGCAUGCCAUUUUCCAUUAAAUAUAGCAAAAACUGCUGCAUCA